AUGAACCUUGACUCAGUAGGUUGUGUUGGCAACAUGGAAGAAUACACAGUUCUAAGUUUACGGCCCAUGAGUACCUCUUCAGGUGCUUGUGUGGCCAAGUCUCGCUGGGAGCUUUACUGCGAUGAAAAAGGAACACAACGACGUGACUAUGUAGAAGGAAAAGAAAUUUGUGUUUGUCGGGAAUCUCAUAUGGGACCAAGAUGUGAGAAACUGAGGGAUCCUUGCAUCGACACCUCAGAUCCACGCAUGUUAGCUGGCAAUGCAGCGUGCAAUUCACCGGAAGGUGGUAUGUGUUUCGGCUAUUUGGGCUCCAACGCAUAUAAAUGCAACUGCUCCAAUGGCUACAUGUCCGAUGCGGCCUAUCCACAUUCAAAUUGCCUUCGACUUCGUGAUAGUUGUCUAAGCAGGGUUUGCGUCUACGGGGACUGCAUUUCAUCAAAAGAUGGUCAGGUAGGUCUCAGUGUUUGCACAUCCACUGGCAAAGUCGUGGAUUCUUACCUUCAACAAAAAGACGCGUUCGCCUACCAGUGGGAUGCGUUUUUGCUUAAUCAGUGGAUGUAUCGGAAAGCCACUGUCUCUGUGCUGAGGAAGCCUACGGAGAGUUUUGCGACAAGCUACGUGGAAAAUGGUCACUGUGGACUCCGUGGUCGGUAUGCACACCAUGGAAUCUCGUCUCGAACUACAGACGACACUCUCGUCCUUGGGACUGUUUAG